CUCGCCCCGCCGCCGGCCCGGCCCCUCCCCCGCCAUGAAGAAGCUGUGGGUGAAGAAGCGUUUCCAGUCUGGAGCCUUCCAUAUUCCGGAGAUCAACGCUGAGCUCAAUGAAUUUCUCCCAGCCCUGCCCUGUCCUCUGCGCACCCGGGCCUGCCUCUCAGUCUUACAUUAAGCGAGGCUCUGGCCCUUCGGGGCACCUUACCCUCCCCCCACCUCGCUACCUCUCCUCCGCCGCCUACUUGACACCUACCCCAGAAAACCGGCCAUUCCCGCCGGGCCUUUGGCCGACUUACCCAUGCGAAGUUUUCCGCUCCUGCAGAAAGCAAAGUUACGACUCGGAGACUGCCGAGGAUGACAUCAGCGAUGUGCAGGGGACCCAGCGCCUGGAGCUUCGGGAUGACGGGGCCUUCAGCACCCCCACGGGGGGCUCUGAUACCCUGGUGGGCACCUCCUUGGACACACCCCCGACCUCCGUGACAGGAACCUCAGAAGAGCAAGUGAGCUGGUGGGGCAGCGGGCAGACGGUCUUGGAGCAAGAAGCGGGCAGUGGAGGUGGCACCCGCCCCCUCCCAGGCAGCCCAAGGCAAGCACAGGCAACCGGGUCCGGGCCACGGCACCUGGGGGUGGAGCCGCUGGUGCGGGCAUCGCGAGCUAAUCUGGUGGGCGCAAGCUGGGGGUCAGAGGAUAGCCUUUCGGUGGCCAGUGACCUGUACGGCAGCGCGUUCAGUCUGUACAGAGGACGGGCGCUCUCGAUCCACGUCAGUGUCCCCCAGAGUGGACUGCACAGGGAGGAGGAGCCCGACUUUCAGCCUCAGCCCGCCAGCGAAGCCCCUCGUCCUCGUCCGUCCCUUCCACCUCCCUCCAAGUCCGCGCUGCUACCCCCGCCGUCCCCCCGUGUGGGUAAGCGGGCCCUGCCAGGACCCAGUGCCCAGCCCCCGGCCACCCCCACAUCGCCCCACCGGCGCACGCAGGAGCCCGCGCUGCCCGAGGACGCCGCCGCCGAAGAGAAGCGAGGGAAAAAGCCCAAGUCCUCGGGGCCCUCGCUGGCGGGCACGGUGGAGUCCCGGCCCCAAACCCCACUGAGCGAGGCCUCGGGCCGCCUGUCGGCGUUGGGCCGGUCGCCUCGGCUGGUGCGUGCCGGCUCGCGCAUCCUGGACAAGCUGCAGUUCUUCGAGGAGCGGCGGCGCAGCCUGGAGCGCAGCGACUCCCCGCCGGCGCCCCUGCGGCCCUGGGUGCCCCUGCGCAAGGCGCGCUCCCUGGAGCAGCCCAAGUCCGAGGGCAGCGAGCCGUGGGGGGCCCCCGGGGCGUCGCAGGAGGAGCUGCGGUCACCCCGGGGCAGCGUGGCCGAGCGCCGCCGCCUGUUCCAGCAGAAGGCGGCCUCGCUGGACGAGCGCACGCGGCAGCGCAGCCCGGCCUCGGACCUCGAGCUGCGCUUCGCCCAGGAGCUGGGUCGCAUCCGCCGGUCCACGUCGCGGGAGGAGCUGGUGCGCUCCCACGAGUCCCUGCGGGCCACGCUGCAGCGCGCCCCGUCCCCACGAGAGCCCGGCGAGCCCCCACUCUUCUCCCGGCCCUCGACCCCCAAGACCUCGCGGGCCGUGAGCCCCACCACCGCCACCUCCGCCCAGCCGCCCCCGGCCAGCGUUGCGGGCAAAUCGGGCGAUGAGCCUGGGAGGCCCCGGAGUCGAGGGCCAGCGGGCAGGACGGAGGCCGGGGAAGGCCCGCAGCAGGAGGUUAAGCGUCGGGACCAGUUCCCGCUGACCCGGAGCCGAGCUAUUCAAGAAUGCAGGAGCCCCGUGCCGCCCCCAAGUGCGGAGCCUCCGGAGACCCGGACAAAGGCCCCCUCGGGCCGCAAACGGGAGCCGCCCGCGCAGGCGGUGCGCUUCUUGCCCUGGGCCACUCCUGGCGUGGAGGGCGCCGCUGGGCCGCAGACCUUGGAGAAGAACAGAGCGGGGCCUGAGGCCGAGAAGAGGCUGCGCAGAGGGCCCGAGGAGGAUGGUCCCUGGGGGGCCUGGGACCGCAGAGGGGCCCGCAGCCAAGGCAAAGGUCGUCGGGCCCGGCCCACUUCCCCUGAGCUCGAGUCUUCGGAUGACUCCUAUGUUUCGGCUGGAGAGGAGCCCCUGGAAGCCCCCGUGUUUGAGAUCCCCUUGCAGAAUGUGGUGGUGGCGCCAGGGGCUGACGUGCUGCUCAAAUGUAUCAUCACGGCCAACCCUCCACCCCAAGUGUCCUGGAAGAAGGAUGGGUCAGAGCUUCACAGUGAGGGCCGCCUUCUCCUCCGGGCUGAGGGGGAGCGGCACACGCUGCUGCUCAGAGAGGCCCGGGCUGCUGAUGCUGGGAGCUAUACGGCUACCGCCACCAAUGAACUGGGUCAGGCCACCUGUGCGGCUUCACUGGCUGUGAGACCAGGCGGAUCCGUAUCCCCUUUCAGCAGCCCCAUCACCUCUGAUGAGGAAUACUUGAGUCCCCCGGAGGAAUUCCCGGAGCCUGGGGAGACCUGGCCCCGAACACCAGCCAUGAAGCUCAGCCCCAGCCAGGAUCAGCGCUCUUCAGACUCUGCCUCCAAGGCACCGCCCACCUUCAAGGUCUCACUCAUGGACCAGUCAGUAAGAGAAGGCCAAGAUGUAAUCAUGAGCAUCCGGGUACAGGGAGAUCCCAAGCCUGUGGUCUCCUGGCUAAGGAAUCGCCAGCCUGUGCGUCCAGACCAGCGGCGUUUUGCAGAGGAGGCCGAGGGCGGGCUGUGUCGUUUGCGGAUCCUGGCCGCCGAGCGGGGCGAUGCUGGUUUCUAUACCUGCAAGGCCGUCAACGAGUACGGCGCUCGGCAGUGCGAAGCCCGCCUGGAGGUCCGAGCACACCCUGAAAGCCGGUCCCUGGCCGUGCUGGCCCCUCUGCAGGACGUGGACGUGGGGGCCGGGGAGAUGGCGCUGUUUGAGUGCUUGGUGGCGGGUCCUGCUGACGUGGAGGUGGACUGGCUGUGCCGCGGCCGCCUGUUGCAGCCUGCCCUGCUCAAAUGCAAGAUGCACUUUGAUGGCCGAAAAUGCAAGCUGCUGCUCACAUCUGUGCACGAGGACGACAGUGGCAUCUACACCUGCAAACUGAGCACAGCCAAAGAUGAGCUAACCUGCAGUGCCCGGCUGACCGUGCGGCCCUCAUUGGCACCCCUGUUCACCCGGCUGCUGGAGGACGUGGAGGUGCUGGAGGGCCGAGCUGCCCGCCUUGACUGCAAGAUCAGUGGCACCCCGCCUCCCUCCAUUACCUGGACUCAUUUUGGCCGCCUGGUGGAGGAGAGCGAGAACUUGAGGCUGAGGCAGGACGGGGGUCUGCAUUCGCUGCACAUUGCCCAUGUGGGCAGCGAGGACGAGGGGCUGUAUGAAGUCAGUGCCAUCAACACCCAUGGCAAGGCCCACUGCUCUGCCCAGCUGUAUGUGGAGGAGCCUCGGACAGCUGCCUCUGGGCCCAGUUCAAAACUGGAGAAGAUGCCAUCCAUCCCUGAGGAGCCAGAGCACGGCGAGCUAGAGCGACUGUCCAUUCCUGACUUCCUGCGGCCACUGCAGGACCUGGAGGUGGGACUGGCUAAGGAGGCCAUGCUGGAGUGCCAGGUGACCGGCCUGCCCUACCCGACCAUCAGCUGGUUCCACAAUGGCCACCGCAUCCAAAGCAGUGAUGACCGACGCAUGACGCAGUACAGGGAUGUACAUCGUCUGGUGUUUCCAGCUGUGGGCCCUCAGCAUGCUGGUGUCUAUAAGAGUGUCAUCGCCAACAAGCUGGGCAAAGCUGCCUGUUACGCCCACCUCUAUGUCACAGAUGUGGUUCCAAGUCCCCCGGAUGGUGCCCCGCAGGUGGUGACCGUCACAGGGAAGAUGGUCACUCUCUCGUGGAACCCCCCCAGAAGUCUGGACAUGGCUAUUGAUCCAGGCUCCUUGACAUACACCGUGCAGCACCAGGUGCUGGGCUCAGACCAGUGGACGGCACUGGUCACAGGCCUGCAAGAGCCUCAGUGGGCAGCCACGGGGCUGCGGAAGGGGCUCCAGCACAUCUUCCGGGUCCUCAGCACCAGUGGCAAGAGCAGCAGCAAGCCCUCGGCGCCCUCGGAGCCCGUGCAGCUGCUGGAGCGCGGCCCGCCCCUGGAGGAGGCUCCUGUCGUAUUGGACAGACCGGAAAUUGUGUAUGUGGUAGAGGGACAGCCCGCUCGAGUCACUGUCACCUUCAACCAUGUGGAGGCCCAGGUUGUCUGGAGGAGCUGCCGAGGAGCCCUUCUAGAGGCCCGAACAGGUGUAUAUGAGCUGAGCCAGCCAGACGAUGACCAGUAUUGUCUUCGGAUCUGCCGGGUGAGCCGCCGCGACCUGGGGUCCCUCACCUGCACUGCUCGAAACCGUCACGGCACACAGGCCUGCUCAGUAGUCCUGGAGCUGGCAGAGGCUCCUCGGUUCGAGUCCAUCAUGGAGGAUGUGGAGGUGGGGGCCGGGGAAACAGCUCGGUUUGCUGUGGUGGCUGAGGGGAAACCGCUGCCGGACAUCAUGUGGUACAAGGACGAGGUGCUGCUGGCCGAGAGCAGCCACGUGAGCUUCGUGUACGAGGAGAAUGAGUGCUCUCUGGUGGUGCUAAGCACGGGGGCCCAAGAUGGAGGCGUCUAUACCUGCAUAGCACGGAACCUGGCCGGCGAAGUCUCCUGCAAGGCCGAGCUGGCUGUACUUUCAGCUCAGACAGCCAUGGAGGUAGAAGGAGUUGGAGAGGACGAGGAACAUCGAGGCAGGAGACUCAGCGACUUUUAUGACAUCCACCAGGAGAUUGGCAGGGGCGCCUUCUCCUACCUGCGCCGUGUAGUGGAGCGGAGCUCUGGUCUAGAGUUCGCGGCCAAGUUCAUUCCCAGCCAGGCCAAGCCCAAAGCAUCCGCGAGACGGGAAGCCCGGCUGCUGGCCAGGCUUCAACAUGACUGUGUCCUCUACUUCCACGAGGCCUUUGAGAGGCGUCGGGGACUGGUCAUUGUCACCGAGCUCUGCACAGAAGAGCUGUUGGAGCGCAUGGCCAGGAAACCCACCGUGUGUGAGUCUGAGAUCCGGGCCUAUAUGCGGCAGGUGCUAGAGGGAAUAUGCUAUCUGCACCAGAGCCACGUACUGCACCUUGAUGUCAAGCCUGAGAACUUGCUGGUGUGGGACGGCGCACAAGGUGAAGAGCAGGUGCGCAUCUGUGACUUCGGGAAUGCCCAAGAGAUGACUCCAGGGGAGCCCCAGUACUGCCAAUAUGGCACACCGGAAUUCGUGGCACCCGAGAUCGUCAACCAGAGCCCUGUGUCUGGAGUCACUGACAUCUGGCCCGUGGGUGUUGUUGCCUUCCUCUGUCUGACAGGCAUCUCCCCAUUUGUUGGGGAGAAUGAUCGGACAACACUGAUGAACAUCCGAAAUUACAACGUGGCCUUUGAUGAGACCACAUUCCUGAGUCUGAGCAGGGAGGCCCGGGGCUUCCUCAUCAAAGUGCUGGUGCAGGACCGGCUGAGACCCACUGCAGAGGAGACCCUAGAACAUCCUUGGUUCAAAACACAAGCAAAGGGGGCAGAGGUGAGCACCGAUCACCUGAAGCUCUUCCUUUCCCGGCGGAGGUGGCAGCGCUCCCAGAUCAGCUACAAAUGCCACCUGGUGUUGCGCCCCAUUCCCGAGUUGCUGCGGGCACCGCCAGAGCGGGUGUGGGUGGCCAUACCCAGAAGAUCACCCCCUAGUGGGGAGCUCUCGUCUUCCUCGGACUCGGAAGAAGAGGAGCUGGAGGAGCUGCCCUCGGUGCCCCGCCCCCUGCAGCCCGAGUUCUCUGGCUCCAGGGUGUCUCUCACCGACAUUCCCACGGAGGAUGAGGCCCUAGGGUCCCCCGAGGCUGGGGCUGUCACCCCUAUGGACUGGCAAGAACAGGGAAGGGUUCCCUCUCAGGACCAGGAAGCCCCCAGCCCCGAGGCCCUCCCCUCUCCAGGCCCGGAGUCCCCCGCUGGGACCAGUCCCAGGCGGGGAGAGCUCCGCAGGGGUAGCUCGGCUGAGAGUGCCCUGCCCCGGGCCGGGCCGCGGGAGCCGGGCCGGGGACUGCACAAGGCGGCGUCGGUGGAGUUGCCGCAGCGCAGGAGCCCCAGCCCGGGAGCCACGCGCCUGGCCCGGGGAGGCCUGGGCGAGGGAGAGUACGCCCAGAGGCUGCAGGCCCUGCGCCAGCGGCUGCUGCGGGGAGGCCCCGAGGAUGGCAAGGUCAGCGGCCUCAGGGGUCCCCUGCUGGAGAGCUUGGGGGGACGCGCGCGGGACCCCCGGAUGGCGCGGGCUGCCUCCAGCGAGGCGGCGCCCCACCACCAGCCCCCUCCCGAGGCGCGGGGCUUGCAAAAGAGCAGCAGCUUCUCCCAGGGUGAGGCGGAGCCUCGGGGUCGCCACCGCCGCGCCGGGGCACCCCUCGAAAUUCCGGUAGCCAAGCUUGGGGCUCGCAGAUUGCAGGAAUCCCCCUCCCUGUCUGCCCUCAGCGAAGCCCAGCCAGCCAGCCCUGCGCGGCCCAGCGCCCCCAAACCCAGUAUCCCCAAGUCCCCAGAACCUUCAGCCGCCAAACCCAGUGAACCUCCCCAGCCCUUAGCACCUCAGUCGUUAGCACCCCAGCCUGUUCCAGAGAAGACCCCAGAGCCCACCCCAAAGCCAGUCCGAGCCUCCAAGCCCGCUCUGGCCCUGCAGACCCCCGGGCUGCCCCUCACGCCCUAUGCCCAGAUCAUGCAGUCGCUCCAGCUCUCAGUCCCCGGCCAGUCCCCGCAGGGCUCCCCGGGGCCUCCUUCAGAGCCCAGACCCCACCCGGCGGUGUUCGCCAGGGUGGCCUCCCCAACCCCCGGAGCCUCCGAGAAGCGCGUGCCUUCUUCAGCCCGGGCUCCCCCAGUGCUAGCCGAGAAAGCGCGGGUCCCCACGGUGCCCCCGAGGCCAGGCAGCAGCCUGGGCAGCAGCAUCGAGAACCUGGAGUCCGAGGCCGUGUUCGAGGCCAAGUUCAAGCGCAGCCGCGAGUCGCCCCUGUCUCGGGGGCUGCGGCUGCUGAGCCGCUCGCGCUCGGAGGAGCGCGGUCCGUUCCGCGGGGCCCAGGACGACGACGGCAUCUACCGGCCGAGCCCGGCGGGAACCCCGCUGGAGCUGGUGCGACGUGCCGAGCGCUCGCGCUCGGUGCAGGACCUCCGGACCGUCGGGGAGCCCGGCUUCGUCCGCCGCCUGUCGCUGUCGCUGUCGCAGAGGUUACGGAGGACCCCGCCGGCGCAGCGCCACGCGGCCUGGGAGGCUCGGGGCGCCGACGGCGAGAGCUCGGAGGGCGGGAGCUCGGCGCGCGGCUCGCCGGUGCUGGCGGUGCGCAGGAGGCUCAGCUCCACGCUCGAGCGCCUGUCGGGCCGUCUGCAGCGCAGCGGCAGCAGCGAGGACUCCGGCGGCGGCUCGGGCCGCAGCACGCCGCUCUUCGGCAAGCUGCGCAGGGCCACGUCCGAGGGCGAGAGCCUGCGGCGCCUCGGCGUUCCGCACAACCAGCUGGCCUCGCAGGCCGGCGCCGCCACUCCUUCGGCCGAGUCUCUGGGCUCCGAGGCCAGCGGCACCUCGGGUUCCUCGGCGCCAGGGGAAAGCCGAAGCCGGCGUCGCUGGGGCUUCUCCAGACUGCGGAAGGACAAGGGCUCAUCCCAGCCAAACCUCUCUGCCAGCAUCCAGGAGGAUUUGGGUCACCAGUAUGUGCCCAGUGAGUCAGACUUCCCCCCAGUCUUCCACAUCAAACUCAAGGACCAGGUGCUGCUGGAGGGGGAGGCAGCCACCCUGCUCUGCCUGCCAGCAGCCUGCCCUGCACCCCGCAUUUCCUGGAUGAAAGACAAGCAGUCCCUAAGGUCAGAGCCCUCGGUGGUCAUCGUGUCCUGCAAAGACGGACGGCAGCUGCUAAGCAUCCCGCGGGCCAGCAAGCGGCACGCCGGUCUCUACGAGUGCUCAGCUGCCAACGUCCUGGGCAGAGUCACGAGCUCCUGUACUGUGGCUGUGGCCCGCAUCCCAGGAAAGCUAGCUCCUCCCGAAGUGCCCCAGACCUACCAGGAUACAGCGCUGGUGCUAUGGAAACCAGGAGACAGCCGGGCACCUUGCACAUACACGCUGGAGCGGCGGGUGGAUGGGGAGUCUGUCUGGCACCCUGUGAGCUCAGGCAUCCUCGACUGUUACUACAACGUGACCCACCUGCCCACUGGUGUGACUGUGAGGUUCCGUGUGGCGUGUGUCAACCGUGCUGGGCAGGGGCCUUUCAGCAACCCUUCUGAGAAAGUCCUUGUCAGGGGCACUCAAGAUUCUUCAGCUCGGCCAACUGCUGUUCCCCAAGAUGCCCCUGUUACCUCAGGGCCAGCCAGGGCCCCACCUCCUGAUUCUCCUACCUCACUGACCCCCACCCCAGCUCCCCUAGCCCCUCAGGCAGCCACUUUCAGCCCCUCAACUUCCCCCACAUCCUCCAGCCAGGCCUUGUCCUCACACAAGGCCAUGGGUCCACCGCCCCCAACCCCGCCGCGAAAGCACAGGGGCCUGCUGGCUGCCCAGCCAACACAUCCCGCCCCGCCCAGCGUCCAGGUCACCCCAAGUGAACCCAAGUCUUUUGUCCCUGGCAGUGGAACCCCAGCCCCAGCCGCCACUCCUCGCGGGGUUAAACCAGCAUCCUCCUCUACUUCCCUCUACAUGGUGACUUCCUUUGUGUCUGCACCUCCAGCCCCCGAGCCCCCAGCCCCCGAGCCCCCGCCCGAGCCCACCAAAGCGACUGUACGAAGCCUCAGCCCAGCCAAGGAGGCGGUCAGUCCCCUCACACCCGAGAGCACCACUCUCCGGCAGGGUCCUCCCCAGAAACCCUAUACCUUCCUGGAGGAGAAGGCCAGGGGCCGCUUUGGUGUCGUGCGAGCAUGCCGGGAGAAUGCCACAGGGAGGACGUUUGUGGCCAAGAUCGUGCCCUACGCAGCAGAGGGCAAGCAGCGAGUGCUGCAGGAGUACGAGGUGCUGCGGACGCUGCACCACGAGCGGCUCAUGGCCCUGCACGAAGCCUACAUCACCCCCCGGUACCUCGUGCUCAUCACCGAGAGCUGUGGCAACCGGGAACUCCUCUGCGGGCUCAGUGACAGAUUCCGGUAUUCAGAAGACGACGUGGCCACCUAUGUGGUACAGCUGCUACAAGGCCUGGACUACCUCCACGGCCACCACGUGCUACACCUGGACAUCAAGCCGGACAACCUGCUGCUCGCCCCCGACAACGCCCUGAAGAUUGUGGACUUCGGCAGUGCCCAGCCUUACAACCCCCAGGCCCUUCGGCCUCUGGGCCACCGCACAGGAACACUGGAGUUCAUGGCUCCUGAGAUGGUGAAGGGAGAACCCAUCGGCUCCGCCACAGACAUCUGGGGAGCGGGUGUGCUCACCUACAUCAUGCUCAGUGGACACUCCCCAUUCUAUGAGCCAGACCCCCAGGAGACAGAGGCUCGGAUCGUAGGGGGCCGCUUUGAUGCCUUCCAGCUGUACCCCAACACAUCCCAGAGUGCCACUCUCUUCUUGCGAAAGGUCCUCUCAGUACAUCCCUGGAGCCGGCCCUCCCUGCAGGACUGCCUGGCCCACCCGUGGCUGCAGGACGCCUACCUGAUGAAGCUGCGCCGCCAGACCCUUACCUUCACCACCAACCGGCUCAAGGAGUUCCUGGGUGAGCAGCGGCGUCGCAGGGCCGAAGCUGCCACCCGCCACAAGGUGCUGCUCCGCUCCUACCCUGGCAGCCCCUAAGUGGCAUGGACCACAGUCUGGCCUCAGGCUUCAACUCCGGUUCCCACUGUCGCCACCAAGGGACAUUCCAGGGCCCACACUGAGUUGGGCAGGCCAGGGCUUGGGACACCACCAGCAAGCAGCAACAUCUGGCCGGGCUGUUACCUCAUGGAGCCGAGGGGAAAGGUCCCCCGGGGGCGGGGGGGCUUUGGCCAGAAGUCACCCUGGCAAGAGCCAGAACAGGGAGAGCCGUUGGCCAGACCCGGGCGUGGGAUGGGAACAGGAAGAGGCAUGAAGGGGAAAAGGAAGU